AUGUUGAAAGCAUCUUUUAAUCAGGCAAACAGUCUUUUUGUGAGGAAUUCUUUACAUUUUAACGGAUUUGUUGGCUUACGCUUCAUUACUACGAAAGGUGAUUUAAAGCGAGUUGAUCGCGAGGACGAAACAGAAGAAUCAUUACGAGCAAGACUAAAGUACCAAUCGAGGAAGAGAGGAAUUUUGGAAACGGAUCUACUCCUGUCAAACUUUGCUAAAACAAGGCUGGAUAAGUACUGCGUUUCUGAUCUCCAAGAAUAUGACCGUCUCCUUGAUGAACCCGAUUGGGAUAUUUUGUAUUGGUCUUCUGGCGAGCGUGUAGUACCUGAACAAUGGAGAAAUAGCAAAGUACUACAGGAACUAAGCGCCUAUUGUCGCAGCCGGAGAGAUCAUACAUUACGAAUGCCCGAUUUAUUUUAA